GAAUUUUUCCCAGUGGUUGGAACAGGGAGAAGCCUGGGGAAAUUGGCAGAGGUCAGAGAGGCUGCUGAGAAACUACUCAAGGGAGCAAAUGGAUGAAUUUAUUAUCUGUGGGGAAGGAUACAGGGAUCCCACAGCCCAGCAGACAACCCCUAGGGAAGACAAACACCAUGAAUGCCUUGGUUAUGGAAAAGGAUUCGUUCUGGGACCACAGUUUGUUUCACCUCAGACAAUUCAUACUGGAGAGAAAUCAUUUCAAUGCUUGGACCAUGAAAGAAGCCACACGGGACAGAAACCUUAUCAAUGCCUUAAGGGCAGGAACUCUUUGAAUUGGAAGUCAGCACUGACUACACAUCAGAAGAUCCACACAGGUGAGAGAUCCCAUAAGUGCUUAGACUGUGGGAAAAGUUUCAUACAGAGGUCAAAUCUUAUAACACAUCAGAAGAUCCACACAGGAGAGAGAUCCCAUAAGUGCUUAGACUGUGGGAAAAGUUUCAUACAGAGGAUAGACUUUGUAAGACAUCAGGCAAUCCACACAGGAGAGAGAUCCCAUAAGUGCUUAGACUGUGGAAAAAGUUUCAUACAGAGGUCAAACCUUUUAAAACAUCAGGCAAUCCACACAGGAGAGAGACCCCAUAAGUGCUUAGACUGUGGGAAAAGUUUCAUAAGGCGGUCAGACCUUGUAAGACAUCAGGCAAUCCACACAGGAGAGAGAUCCCAUAAGUGCUUAGACUGCGGAAAAAGUUUCAUACACAGGUCAAAUCUUUUAACACAUCAGAAGAUCCACACAGGAGAGAGAUCCCAUAAGUGCUUAGACUGUGGGAAAAGUUUCAUACAGAGGAUAGACUUUGUAAGACAUCAGGCAAUCCACACAGGAGAGAGAUCCCAUAAGUGCUUAGACUGUGGAAAAAGUUUCAUACAGAGGUCAAACCUUUUAAAACAUCAGGCAAACCACACAGGAGAGAGACCCCAUAAGUGCCUAGACUGUGGGAAAAGUUUCAUAAGGUGGUCAGACCUUGUAAGACAUCAGGCAAUCCACACAGGAGAGAGAUCCCAUAAGUGCUUAGACUGCGGAAAAAGUUUCAUACACAGGUCAAAUCUUUUAACACAUCAGAAGAUC